AUGUUUGCCUGGUCUAAACUGUCUUAUAAACCACUGCGAAGCGAUGAAAGAAUUGAACAUUCACUUUCACACAAAUCGGCCAGUUCGAUAUUUUGGCCUGCUUGCUCUGCAGUCUUGUUGGCCAUAUGCUUAAUUCUCUCAGUUCGCUUGCAGCAAAACUCCCGGUGUGAUGGCGGCAGUGAAUCACAAUUUAUAUCAUGGAAGACUGAUUUUAAGCCGGCUGUCCCUGCUAUUCGAUAUCGUCAAGUUCAAUUCGGAGGCAUCGUAUUGUCCGAAGGUUCGUUCAGAAUCACAGGAGGCGCCAGUACUCGCCCCUAUGUCGGUACUUCGUACGAUGAGAUAGACGAAGCAUGGAAUGACAUAUUGGAAAAGAGGUGGUUCAACUUAACAGCUGAGGAAAAGCGGGACGCAUUUGGUGAUAAGGCUGAAGAUUACCUCGACUUUGUCCAACUGGAUACAUUCCAUUUGCUGCAUUGCAUCAACCAUCUCAGGAAAGUUAUCGAUGCAGAGUUCUACUACCCAAAGCGUCUGCCCCCUCUCCGCAUUCAUACAGAGUCUGUUCAAUGCCACGGCGAUCUCACUCCCAUUCCCUAUCGACCGGACGAGAACAGUUCCUACUACUACAGUGACUCCAUCCAGAUGCACACCUGCCGCAAUUUUGACGUACUCCGUCACUGGCUAGCAGAACAGAGAGGUUCUGUUUCCAUUGACCCCUUCAAGCUGUAA